AUGUUGUCAGGGAUCCUUGUGUUCAAUCAGAAGGGCGAGAACCUCAUAUUUCGCGCCUUUCGCAGCGACUGCCGCCCGCGCCUUGCCGACAUCUUCCGAAUCCAAGUCAUCUCCAACCCUCAAGUGCGCUCGCCGAUCCUGACCCUGGGCUCGACGACGUUCAGCCAUGUCAAACACGAGAACAUCUACCUGGUAGCUGUAACCAAAAGCAAUGCCAAUGCCGCCCUGGUUUUCGAGUUCCUGUACCGGUUAAUUAUGCUGGGAAAGAGCUAUUUCGGGAAAUUCGACGAAGAAGCCGUCAAGAACAAUUUCGUAUUGAUCUACGAGCUGCUCGACGAAAUUCUCGACUUCGGAUACCCCCAGAACACCGACCCAGACACUCUGAAAAUGUACAUCACGACCGAGGGCGUCAAAUCCGCCAUCACCAAUAACCCAACCGACUCCUCCCGGAUCACACAGCAAGCCACAGGCGCUCAGUCCUGGCGCCGCGCCGAUAUAAAAUACCGCAAGAAUGAAGCCUUCGUCGACGUGAUCGAAGACGUCAACCUCCUCAUGUCCGCAACAGGCACCGUCCUCCGCGCAGACGUCAACGGCCAAAUCGUCAUGCGCGCCUACCUCUCCGGCACACCAGAAUGCAAAUUCGGCCUCAAUGACCGUCUCCUCCUCGACCCAGGCGAAUCGUCCUCCAGUAGCCGCGGCAAUGGCAGCGGACUGGGUACAUCGAAAGCGACGCGCGCAGCCGCCGGCUCCGUCACGCUCGAAGACUGCCAAUUCCACCAGUGUGUGAAACUUGGCCGGUUCGACGCAGACAGAAUCAUUUCUUUCGUUCCCCCGGACGGAGAAUUCGAACUGAUGCGCUACCGCGCGACCGAGAACGUCAAUCUGCCAUUCAAGGUUCACCCUAUCGUAAGGGAGAUCGGUACAACGAAGGUCGAGUACAGUGUUGCGAUUAAAGCCAAUUACAGCUCGAAGCUGUUUGCGACAAAUGUUGUCAUUCGCAUUCCUACGCCGUUGAAUACUGCCAAGACUACUGAGCGGACUAGUCAGGGCCGUGCGAAGUAUGAGCCCGAACAGAACAAUAUUGUUUGGAAGAUUGCGAGGUUCUCGGGCCAGUCUGAGUUUGUGCUUAAUGCCGAGGCGACACUUACUUCAAUGACCCAUCAGAAGGCUUGGAGUCGGCCCCCGCUUAGCUUGUCCUUUAGUUUGCUUAUGUUUACCUCUUCUGGGCUGCUGGUGCGCUAUCUCAAGGUCUUUGAGAAGAGUAACUACAGCUCUGUUAAGUGGGUGCGCUAUAUGACUCGUGCGGGCAGUUAUGAGAUUCGAUUCUGA